AGUGUCCUCCUGUCAUGACAAGGAGCCUUCGUCUUUAGGACUACCAGCCAGACUCCCAGAAAUCAUGUUGGUAGGAUCCCAGUCCUUCUCGCCUGGAGGGCCCAAUGGGAUCAUCAGGAGCCAGUCCUUUGCGGGGUUCAGUGGCCUUCAGGAGAGGCGAUCCAGAUGUAACUCCUUCAUUGAAAAUCCCUCUGUUCUCAAGAAGCCUCAGGCCAAACUGAAGAAAAUGCACAAUUUAGGACACAAAAACAGCAGCCCUCCCAAAGAGCCUCAGCCUAAAAGGGUGGAAGAGGUCUACAGGGCUUUGAAAAAUGGACUUGAUGAGUAUCUGGAGGUUCACCAGACAGAGCUGGACAAGUUGACAGCUCAGUUAAAAGAUAUGAGAAGAAACUCUCGCCUGGGGGUGCUGUAUGACCUAGACAAGCAAAUUAAAACAAUUGAAAGAUACAUGAGACGCCUGGAGUUUCACAUCAGUAAGGUAGAUGAACUCUAUGAAGCUUAUUGUAUCCAAAGACGCCUCCAAGAUGGUGCCAGCAAAAUGAAGCAAGCCUUCGCAACGUCCCCUGCCAGCAAAGCUGCCCGGGAGAGCCUGUCAGAGAUCAACCGGGGCUACAAAGAGUACACAGAGAACAUGUGCACCAUUGAAGCAGAGCUGGAGAAGCAGCUGGGGGAGUUCUCCAUCAAGAUGAAAGGUCUGGCUGGUUUUGCUCGCCUCUGUCCUGGAGAUCAAUAUGAAAUUUUCAUGAAGUAUGGCCGACAGAGGUGGAAACUGAAAGGCAGAAUAGAAGUAAAUGGCAAACAGACCUGGGAUGGAGAAGAAAUGGUGUUCCUGCCCCUGAUCGUUGGAUUAAUUUCCAUCAAGGUCACAGAACUCAAAGGGCUAGCAACUCAUCUCCUGGUCGGCAGCGUGACCUGCGAGACCAAAGAGCUGUUUGCAGCCCGACCUCAGGUGGUGGCUGUGGACAUCAAUGACCUUGGCACCAUCAAACUCAACCUGGAAAUCACCUGGUAUCCGUUUGACGUGGAGGACAUGACCCCAUCCUCAGGCGCUGGGAACAAGGCAGCCGCCCUCCAGAGAAGAAUGUCCAUGUACAGCCAGGGCACCCCGGAAACGCCCACCUUCAAAGACCACUCCUUCUUUAGAUGGUUGCAUCCUUCACCAGACAAGCCAAGGCUGUCUGUCUUGAGUGCCUUGCAAGACUCUUUCUUUGCCAAGCUGCACCGCAGCCGCUCUUUCAGUGACCUGCCCUCCCUCAGGCUGAGACCCAAGGCCGUGCUAGAGUUUUAUUCGAAUCUACCUGAUGACAUCUUUGAAAAUGGGAAGGCAGCUGCGGAGAAAAUGCCACUGUCCCUCAGCUUCAGUGACCUGCCCAAUGGGGACUGCGCCCCCUCCCGCAGCCCAGCCGGCUCUCUCCCCAGCGCGUGCUCGGCAAAUCCAGAAAUCACCAUCACCCCCGCAGAGCUGAACCGCGGCAGCCCCUCCUCCCAGAACGAGGGCCUGGAUGACUCCAGCUCGGCCUCUUCCAAGAGCUCCUUGGGAGAAGGCUCAGAGCCCAGGCCCCACCGGGAGGAAGAGACCGAGGGGCCCGGGAAACCCGAGGCCUGCAGAGCAUCCGCGGGUGCCCCGACGGAGCGCCUAUUCCUGGAGAAGGGUGUCGCAGAGGCCCUUCUGCAAGAGUCUGACGAGGCCUCUGAACUCAAGCCCGUGGAACUGGACACUUUUGAAGGAAACAUCACGAAGCAGCUGGUCAAGAGGCUCACCUCGUCAGAGGUGCCGGCGGCCACUGAGAGGCUGCUCUCUGAGGGCUCUGUCAGUGGAGAGUCCGAAGGCUGUAGAUCCUUCCUAGAUGGAAGCUUAGAGGAUGCCUUUAAUGGGCUUUUCCUUGCAUUAGAACCACAUAAAGAGCAAUAUAAAGAGUUUCAGGAUCUGAACCAAGAAGUCAUGCACUUGGAUGAUAUUCUAAAAUGCAAGCCAGCAGUAAGCCGAAGCAGGUCUUCCAGUUUAAGUCUUACAGUUGAAAGUGCUUUAGAAAGCUUUGAUUUUCUGAACACCUCUGACUUUGACGAGGAGGAGGAUGAUGGUGGUGAGGUUUGUAAUGUUGGAGGAGGUGCUGACUCAGUAUUUUCAGACACUGAGACUGAGAAACAUAGUUACAGAUCAGUACACCCGGAAGCCAGGGGGCACCUCAGCGAAGCCCUGACUGAGGACACGGGAGUUGGGACUAGUGUGGCAGGAAGCCCUCUCCCACUGACCACGGGAAAUGAAAGCCUGGACCUCAGCAUCAUCAGGCACCUCCAGUACUGCACCCAGCUCGUCCAGCAAAUUGUUUUCUCAAGCAAAACCCCAUUUGUGGCCAGAAACCUCUUAGAGAAGCUUUCUAGGCAAAUCCAAGUGAUGGAGAAGCUCUCAGCCGUCAGUGAUGAGAACAUAGGAAACAUCAGUUCUGUCAUCGAAGCCAUACCAGAAUUUCACAAAAAGCUGUCUUUGCUGUCAUUCUGGACCAAGUGCUGCAGCCCGGCUGGGGUCUACCACAGCUCAGCAGACAGAGUGAUUAAGCAGCUAGAAGCCAGCUUUGCCAGAACUGUCAACAGAGACUAUCCCGGACUCGCAGACCCAGUGUUUCGCACACUGGUGUCCCAAAUCCUGGACCGGGCUGAGCCCCUGCUUACCUCCAGCCUCUCCUCCGAAGUCAUCACUGUUUUCCAGUAUUACAGUUACUUUACGAGCCACGGUGUGAGUGACCUAGAGAGUUAUCUGAACCAGCUGGCCAAGCAAGUUUCCAUGGUUCAGACUCUGCAGUCACUGAGAGAUGAAAAACUGCUACAGGCCAUGAGUGACCUUGCACCCAGCAGCCUCCCGGCCCAGCAGGAAAUACUCGGGACUCUGGCUCUGCUCUUAACCGGGGAUGACAGUGGAGUUAGUGAGGCUGUGAUGCUUUACUUGGCAGCAGCCUCCAGAAACGAGCAUUUCAGGGAAAAGGCCCUGCUCUAUUACUGUGAAGCCCUAACAAAGACUGACCUCUGGCUCCAGAAGGGAGCUUGCCUGGCCCUGAAAAGCCUGAAGGCUACUGAAAGCAUUAAAAUGCUGGUGACAUUGUGUCAGUCUGAUACUGAAGAAAUCAGAAACGUGGCCUCGGAAACUCUCUUAUCUCUUGGAGAAGAUGGGCGGCUGGCAUAUGAACAGUUGGACAAAUUUCCUCGAGACUGUGUUAAAGUUGGAGGUCGUCAUGCAAGUGAAGUUGCCACGGCCUUUUAA